GUUGGUGAUGGGGAAUGCGGCGGGGGGAAUAGAGCAGGCAGAUGGCCGGGAGGCCAAGCACUCUGUGGGGUCAGGAACGGGCCUGAGUGUCCCCACCCCGACCCUGCAGAAGAAGCAGCCUGCUCCCCCCAAGCUGCCCGUGCCCCCAGAGGAGGAGCUGGAGGAGCGCUUCAGUGUGGUUCUGGUGAGUGGCAGGACAGGAGGGGAGACACACAUCAUGCAUAUCAACACACAGAAAUACAGGCACAUCACACAGGAAUUUAGUUGCAUCACACACCUACUGUAUGUAUUGCACUGAUAUCUAAAGUAACAGGUAAAAUCACUCACUUAAAUAUGCUGGGUGCCAAAUGUCUGAGAGAAAAUACAUUCAGUUUUACAUUUGAAUUCAGUCAAGGUAAUUCUGGUUAAUGUUAAAAAACAAUGCAGUCUCUCUCACUGCAGCCAGUCAUGUUAGUAAAGAGAGUUGACAUUUUGUUGGCCUCAAUCCCAUCCAAAAGCUCACGUCCUCUUUUAGAUAUUUUGAAAUCGGCCUCUCUGCUCAGCCUGUGUUCAAAUGAUCUCAUAGACCUUCGACUGCAGUCUGCACUCUUAGAGGAACUGGAGACACCAUGAAGGCAAGGUGCUGGAUUGGGCAAUAUAUUUUGAAUGAAUGAGACCACAAGACUAAGACAGGAAGGCAAAUGUUUCUCUAAUAUUUCAACAUGUCAUUUCCCAUCAGUUAACAGCUAUGUAGGACAACAUAAUGCGAUCAAUCCAAUACUAGAAGAAUGGGUUUUUUUUAACAAAAGAAGCAGGACAUCUCAGGGGAACAAGGCCUUAUCUAUAGAAAAUAUUAGUCAAUCAUGAGUAGCGCAAGCAGUGUGAAUCGCACAUUUAGAUAAACAUCUAAUAAAUGUGAUGCCAAACCUAUUAGGCACUAGAUAUGGAGACACACGAAAGACGUGACAACAUGACAGUAAAACUAUCUUUCCAUGCAUACACCUUCACCUUCUUUGACUUUUAGGUCUGAUGCAUGUGGGCUGUCUAUGUAGUGUGAUAACUAUUAGCUAAUAUGUGUGUGGUAAAUACCCUUAAUUAGCCUACGCCAUUUCAUGCCCACUGUCCUCUCUACCGGCCUGCUCUAUCAGAGCAUGACUUGACUUCCUCUUUCUUUCAACAGUGAAUGCUACCUUCGCUAGUCUAGAUUUCAAACAGACAUAAUACGGCACUUAUAGCACUCACACAAGCAGAUAUGUUUAGGUAUGUGGCAAUGUGUGAGAGCAGAUAUUAGGUCAAAGCAAUAAUGUUUAUUUUUUAAGAAGAGAGUCUGGGCUCAGGGUGACAGUAAGAAUGGAACAACAUGUUGAAACUGAGAACAGGACUUCCCCUCAGGUUCUAAAUAGAGCCCCACAGUGGAAGUGUCAUAAUACCCAUAAAACCUAGCGGUCAAACAGCAAAAUGGUUCCAAUCAUUUUUCCACCAUUAAUUUUAGAAACACUUAAAAUAAGGGCUGUGUUUUGUGUAGGCUUACCUUGGCGUGACGUUUUGAUAACCAUCUAAAUCUUUCUCGGACAAGGUGACUUUUAUCAAUAUAUUCAGCUCUAUUUACUCUCAGAUUAGAAAAUGCUAAUUAGCAUCAAAGUAGACAUCAUGCAAGACUACAAAUCUCUGCAAGCUCCUGCAUGUCAUCUCUAGCGGACACCUUUGCUAACAGGUAUUGUGUCAAUUUAAAACUUGCAUGAGACCAUUCACCGAAUUGUCAAUUUAAAGAAAUGUAGCCAAUUUAUUAAUUUUAAAAUGUAGCUAACAUUAGAUAGUUAAUCCAGAGAUUCUUACCUUUGCCUCGUUUCGGCGGUUUCAUCCAGAUCAUCAUGGCAUUUGUAGUUCUGUAUGAUAGCCACAUUAGCAGCUAAUUUGCAUUAUUAUUAUUAUUUAAAAAAAAAUUUUGGGGGGGGGGUUAAAUACAGGCAAAUAUAUUGAUAUAAGUCACCUUGUCCUAGAGAGAUUUACAAAAUGUCACGCCAGGGUAAGCCUAUACGAAACACAUCCCUUAUUUUAAUUGUUUAUAAAAUCCCCUAUGGGAAAAAUGAAUUGUGGGAAACAAUUGGAACCAUUUCCUUGUUUGACUGAUAGGUUUUAUGGGUAUUAUGACUCAUACUGUGAUACCCAUAUAGGGUCUCUAAAUUGAGAUACGGGUCGUUCCAUUUGAUUUCAAUCACUUUUGACCGCACCCCCUUUGAGUUCAACUACACUUUCUAUACAUAUUUGCCCAUGGUUAGAAGUGGUCAGAAAGUAACUUUUUGGACCUGAGUGCCAAAACAUUUAGGAGAUGGAAGAGCUCAAAGUUGACCCAUUUUGCAUACCCCACCCUACCAUGAGACAUCCAUAUCUUCAUCACUGGAAAAGAUAAACAGUUGCGUUUGAAAUCAUUUAAAAGCUUACAAACAACUAUUUUAUAGUUUCUUGAUUUAUUUGUAUUUUUAUGAGUGAACAUAAACGUAUUCAAGAGUAUACUGUGUCUCAACCGAUGGCGGGCACAACACAAACACCUCAGAUUAUGUAAAAUAGGGUCUAAGAUACAACAUAUGCGAAAAUGAAAAAAAAUCAGAGUUUAAGCAUUUUUAUACUGAACAAAAAUAUAAACGCAACAUGCAAAGUGUUGGUUCCAUUUUUCAUGAGCUGAAAUAAAAGAUCCCAGAAAUACACACAAAAAGCUUAUUUCUCUCAAAUUUUGUGCACAAAUGUAUUUACAUCCCUGUUAGUGAGCAUUUCUACUUUGCCAAGAUAAUCCAUCCACCUGACAGGUGUGGCAUAUCAAGAAGCUGAUUAAACAGCAUGAUCAUUACACAGGUGCACCUUGUGCUGGGGACAACAAAAGGCCACUCUAAAAUGUGCAGUUUUGUCACACAACACAAUGCCACAGAUGUCUCAGGUUUUGAGGGAGUGUGCAAUUGGCAUGCUGACUGCAGGAAUGUCCAAGAGAGCUGUUGCCAGAGAAUGUAAUGUUAAUUUCUCGACCAUAAGCCGCCUCCAACGUCGUUUUACAGAAUUUGGCAGUGCAUCCAACCUGCCUCACAACUGCAGACCACGCCCAGGACCUCCACCCUCCACAUCCGGCUUCUUCACCUGCGGAUCCUCUGAGGAGGGGGAGGGGAGGUGCUGAGGAGUAUUUCUGUCUGUAAUAAUGCCUUUUUGUGGGGAAAAACUCAUUCUGAUUGGACCUGGCCCAUGGCUGCGCCCCUACCCAGUAAUGUGAAAUCCAUAGAUUAGGGCCUAAUGAAUUUAUUUCAAUUGACUGAUUUUCUUUGAUGAAUUGUAACUCAGUAAAAUCUUUGAAAUUGUUGCAUAUUGCGUUUGAUAUUUUUGUUCAGUGUAGAUAAUUUAUGUCAAAGGUAAAAAAAAGGACUAUUCUGAUUUAAAAAACAAUUUCUCAAGAAAUUAUAAAAUAGUUUGAAAACCUUUUUAAGCUUUUAAGUGAUCUCGAACUCAACCGUUUAUAUUUUCCAGUGAUAAAGACAUGGAUGUCUCAUGGUAGGGUGAGGAUAUUCAAAAUGGUUAAAUUUGAGCACCUCUAUCUCCUAAAUGUUUUUUCAUUCAGGUCCAAAAAAAUCCCUUUCUGUCCACUUCUACCAUAGGAAAAUUUGUAUGGGACGUUUAGUUCAAAUCAAAAGGGAUGAGGUCAAAACGUUUUUGAAAUCAAAUGGAACGACCCAUACCCCAAAAUGUAGGUGUGUGCGUGUGUGUGUGCAUGCAUGCUUGCGUGUGUGUGUGCAUGCUUGCGUUCAUGUGUACAACCCAUGCGCACAUAAGAGUAUACAGUGCCUUCGGAAAGUAUUCAGACCCCUUGACCUUUUCCACAUUUUGUUACAUUACAGCCUUAUUCUAAAAUUGAUAACAUUGUUUUUUCCCCCCUCAUCAAUCUACACAUAAUACCCCAUAAUGACAAAGCAAAUUUGCUAAUUUAUUACAAAUUAAUUAUCACAUUUACAUAAGUAUUCAGACCCUUUACUCAGUACUUUGUUGAAGCACCUUUGGCAGCGAUUACAGCAUCGAGUCUUCUUGGGAUGACGCUACAAGCUUGGCAUACCUGUAUUUGGGAAGUUUCUCCCAUUCUUCUCAGCAGAUCCUCUCAAGCUCUGUCAGGUUGGAUGGGGAGCAUCGCUGCACACCUAUUUUCAGGUCUCUCCAGAGAUGUUCGAUCAGGUUCAAGUCCAUGCUUCACCGUAUUGAUGGUGCCAGGUUUCCUCCAGACGUGACGCUUGGCAUUCAGGCCAAAGAGUUCAAUCUUGGUUUCAUCAGAUCAGAGAAUCUUGUUUCUCAUGGUCUGAGAGUCUUUAGGUGCCUUUUGGCAAACUCCAAGCGGGCUGUCAUGUGCCUUUUAUUGAGGAGUGGCUUCUGUCUGGCCACUCUACCAUAAACUCUUCUGUCAGAGUGACCAUCGGGUUCUUAGUCACCUCCCUGACCAAGGCCCUUCUCCCCCGAUUGCUCAGUUUGGCCGGGCGGACAGCUCUAGGAAGAGUUUUGGUGGUUCCAAACUUCUUCCAUUUAAGAAUGAUGGAGGCCACUGUGUUCUUGGGGACCUUCAAUACUGCAGACAUUUUUUGGUACCCUUCCCCAGAUCUGUUCCUCGACACAAUCAUGUCCCGGAGCUCUACGGCCAAUUCCUUCGACCUCAUGGCUUGGUUUUUGCUCUGACAUGCACUAUCAACUGUGGGACCUUAUAUAGACAGGUGUGUGCCUUUCCAAAUCAUGUCCAAUCAAUUGAAUUUACCACAGGUGGACUCCAAUCAUGUUGUAGAAACAUCUCAAGGAUGAUCAAUGGAAACAGGAUGCGCCUGAGCUCAAUUUCGAGUCUCAUAGUAAAGGGUCUGAAUACUUAUGUAAAUAAGGUAUUUAUGUUUUAUAUUUUUAAUACAUUUGCACAAAUUAUGUGGUAUUGUCUGUAGAUUGCUGACGAUUAUUUAAAAACAAAGUGUGGAAAAGUACUUUCCGAAGGCACUGUAUGUCUUUCUGAGUGUGUAUGUGGGUAUAUGUGUGUAUGAGUAACCUCAUGUCUGUAUGUACAGCGCAUAUUCACAUACAUAUUGUGUACAUUUAGUUUUCUGUUGCUAGUCUUUGUCCCUCAAAAUCCACCAUCGGUCACUCCCAUACUGUACCCCACCCAAACACUAUAGCUAUGUCCCCAGCAAAGCCACACUUACUGGGGCACACGUCAUCCUCAGGGGUUUGUUAACGUGUAUAGAGGAAACCACAAACUGUUGCUUGAGAACAUUAAAUUCCGUAUAUCUAACCACAGUCCACACCCUUCUUAGUAGGCCUUAGACUGCCUCGACUAAAACAUCACUCAUCUAAAAUGCCUUAAAUAAAUAACUUUCACUAGCUGUUAGUUUGGCCGGCAACAUCUAUGGUGUUAAUAUGUGUGUCACAUGAGAAUGAUGCUUAAUAUAUAUUGUAUUUCACACCAUGUUAAUCAAUAGUCAUGACAGAGUUGAAUCAGCUUCUUGUGAUAUACAGUACCAGUCAAAAGUUUGAACACACCUACUCAUUUCAGCGUUGUUCUUUAUUUUUACUAUUUUCUACAUUGUAGAAUAAUAGUGAAGACAUCAAAACUAUGAAAUAACACAUAUGGAAUCAUGUAGUAACCAAAAAAGUGUUAAACAAAUCAAAAUAUAUUUUAUAUUUGAGAUUCUUCAAAGUAGCCACCUUUGCCUUGAUGACAGCUUUGCACACUCUUGGCAUUCUCUCAACCAGCUUCACGAGGUAGUCACCUGGAAUGCAUUUCAAUUAACAGGUGUGCCUUGUUAAAACUUAAUUUGUGGAAUUUCUUUCCUUCUUAAUGCGUUUGAGCCAAUCAGUUGUGUUGUGACAAGGUAGGGGUAGUAUACAGAAGAUAGCCCUAUUAGGUAAAGAAAUUCCACAAAUUCACUUUUAACAAGGCACACCUGUUAAUUGAAAUGCAUUCCAGGUGACUACCUCAUGAAGCUGGUUGAGAGAAUGCCAAGAGUGUGCAAAGCUGUCAUCAAGGCAAAGGUGGCUACUUUGAAGAAUCUCAAAUAUAAAAUAUAUUUUGAUUUGUUUAACACUUUUUUGGUUACUAGAUGAUUCCAUAUGUGUCACACCCUGGCUCUGGGGACAAUGUUAUGUUGAGCCAGGGUGUGUAAUUCUAUGUUUGAUUUGUCUAUGUUGGUCUGAGUGACUCCCAAUCAGAGGCAACGAGUGUCAGCUGGGUGUCUCUGAUUGGGAGCCAUAUUUAACUGUCUGUCUUUCACGUUGUGUUUGUGGUUUCUUGUUCGUGUUGGUGUGUGUUUAACCAUAGACGUCACGUUUUUCAUUUGUUGUUUUGAUCGUGUGAUCAUUUAAUAAAUAUAAUAUGUUCACCCGCAACGCUGCGCCUUGGUCUCUCCAUGACGAUCGUGACAGAAGAAACCACCUAAACCAGACCAAGCAGCGUGUCCAGGAGCCAUCGCUGGCAGAUCUCCGUGGCAGCCUCGACUGGGUCAAGCCUAGUGAGGAGCAGAGAGGGUGGACUUGGGACCAGUUGAGGAGGAGCUUCGACUGGGUCAAGCCCAUUGAGGAGCUGAAUGGCGAGAGUUGGAGACAGAGGAGCGAGAGUUGGGCGAGAACGAUGGAGGCCUGGCCCACGGGGAGGAGAUACCCCCAGAAUUUUUUUUUGGGGGGGCUCACGACGUCGGGGCAGCAGGAGGCCGCGAUAGAGCGGUCCAGCGGGUUGGCAGAGGAGGCCGCCAGGUUACGGGAGUCACUGGUCACCAGGGGGAAGGAGGUUGUAGAGGCACGGCGAGAGGUACUGGUGUGUGUUCCCAGUACGGUCCGGCCUGUUCCUGCCACUCCCACCAAGUCAGUGGUGCGUUUCGUCAGCCCGGCGCGGCCCAUUCCUGCUCCCCGCACCAAGUCAGUGGUGCGCGUCGUCAGCCCGGUCCGGCCCAUUCCUGCUCCCCGCACCAAGUCAGUGGUGCGCGUCGUCAGCCCGGUCCGGCCCAUUCCUGCUCCCUGCACCAAGUCAGUGGUGCGCGUCGUCAGCCCGGUCCGGCCCAUUCCUGCUCCCCGCACCAAGUCAGUGGUGCACGUCGUCAGCCCGGUCCGGCCCAUUCCUGCUCCCCGCACCAAGUCAGGGGUGCGCUUCGUCAGCCCGGUCCGGCCCAUUCCUGCUCCCCGCACCAAGUCAGUGGUGCGCUUCGUCAGCCCGGCUCGGCCCGUUCCUGCUCCCCGCACCAAGUCAGUGGUGUGCUUCGUCAGCCCAGUCCGGCCUGUCCCUGCUCCAAGCACCAAGCCAGAGGUGCGCGUCGUCAGUCCAGCACAACCCGUGUCUGGUUCAUGUCCGGAGCCGGAUCCGCCGCCUAGGCGGAGUGCCCACCCGGUCCCUCCCCUGUGGGAUUUAGUUGGCGCGGUCGGAGUCCGCGCCUUUAGGGGGGGGUACUGUCACGCCCUGGCUCUGGGGACAAUGUUAUGUUGAGCCAGGGUGUGUAAUUCUAUGUUUGAUUUUUCUAUGUUGGUCUGAGUGACUCCCAAUCAGAGGCAACGAGUGUCAGCUGGGUGUCUCUGAUUGGGAGCCAUAUUUAACUGUCUGUCUUUCACGUUGUGUUUGUGGUUUCUUGUUCGUGUUGGUGUGUGUUUAACCAUAGACGUCACGUUUUUCGUUUGUUGUUUUGAUCGUGUGAUCAUUUAAUAAAUAUAAUAUGUUCACCCGCAACGCUGCGCCUUGGUCUCUCCAUGACGAUCGUGACAAUAUGUGUUAUUUCAUAGUUUUGAUGUCUUCACUAUUAUUCUACAAUGUAGAACAUAGUGAAAAUAGGUGUGUCCAAACUUUUGACUGGUACUGUAUACACACCAUAUGUUCUUGUAGAAAGGGCCACAUGGCUCACCUGUCAUAGAGACAAAUAACUAUUGAAUCAAUCAGGUUAAAUCCACUUGAAUCUAAGCAGCAACUCACUCAAACAGACCACGGCUAAAGGACUACUGUAUAGGCAAGCUAUGCUCAAUGAUGAAUGGAGGAGCAUUAUCUGUAUGUGUUAGAAAAUGCUCAUGACUAGACCUGAUACAUGCUCAUAGAUGGUUUCCAUUAGUUACCAGUAAUAUAUGUAAACAGUGAGUCAUCUCGGUGGUGUAGGAUGACGAUAACAUUCACUAAUACCUCUGGUGGGGACAUCUGUGGUUUUUGAUCACAUUUGAACAGCAUGGCACGAACCGGAAGCGUUAUGAAAAUGUGCACAAGAGUGUUGGCUGUUUGGUAGUGAAAUAUUUUAUUUAAGAUUAUAUUAUUAUGCAGGCACUGCUUAAUUUAAGUCUAUUGAGUAACAUGCCGUUGUAGACCAGUCAGAGUUAAUUUAAUAUACAAGAUCCCCAAAGACCCCAGUUGUAAUCACAAUAACGGUUUAAUGUCAUUAUUGAGGUAGGUUUUUGAAGUGCACCUUAUUCUAUUCUCAGAGCUAUAUGAACCUGCCUCCAGACAAGCUGAAGCUGUUGAGUCAGUACGACAAUGACAAGAAGUGGGAGCUGAUCUGUGAUCAGGUAAGAACAUUACAUCUUGUUGGGCACCUUACAUGGGGUGAUUGGUUCAUGCACUAGUACAUACACAGUUCUACAUGAUUGGGUAACCACUCUGUUACCAUGCCAACCUGCUGAGGGCAAGUGUGCUUACCACAGGAACCCAUCAGAGUUGUAGUGUUGUGGUAGAAACAGACUCUAUGACAUUUUGCACUCUGACCUACAUUACAUAUUGGCAACUGAACACCAGCAACACAAUGUAUUAAUCAUUACUCCCACAUUUAUGAAUAAUCAUAAGUAAAGGAUUUUUCAGUCCCUAAUCUAAAGCGAGCACUAUUUAACCAUAACCCUUACCUAACCUAACCUAGCCAUAACCAUAAAUGGUGUGUCAUAUUUUUGUAAAUGUCUUAUAAAUGGUUUAUUAUGGACCGUUAAAAUAAAGUGUAACCCAUGAUUGUAUCUGAGAUGAAGUGUUAUAAAAACACAGCAUACGGAAAUAACUGUGAAGAAAAAUAAAUGUGUGUUGCUGGUGUUCAGUUGCCAAUAUGUAAUGUAGGUCAGAGUGCAAAAUGUCAUAGAGUCUGUUUCUACCACAACACUACAACUCUGAUGGGUUCCUGUGGUAAGCACACUUGCCCUCAGCAGGUUGGCAUGGUAACAGAGUGGUUUAUGGUGCUUGUUGUGUUUGACUAUGUUCUUUUUCUUCUCACUCACCCUCCUCCCCUCAUUCCCUUCUCCUUCCUCCCUCCGUUCUGUGUGGUCAGGAGCGGUUCCAGGUGAAGAACCCCCCCUCUACCUAUCUGACCAAGAUCAAGAGCUUCUACCAGGACCAAGGAGGAGUGACCCGCAGGGUGGGUGUACAGUACCUCCCUUCCCGCUCACGUUCAUAGAGCUUCUUGUCAUUCUCACCGUAGCCAGGGAUUUCAAGAACUAAAUAUGUGUGUUUUGGAACAAUGGGAUAACAAUAUUACAUCUACAGUAGUAGUACAUCCUUGCAUUUUAUGACAAAGCCACUAAGCGAGUAAUAUAAGGCCAGUCUCAUUAGCAUAACUACUGAUAUAAAGGUUUGUGAGUUUCCUUCAUUCAUAGAGCUUCUCUGUAUGGUUUUGGCCUAUUUCAGUUCAAGAGGCGGGUCCUGGAGUCCACCCAGGUACUGAGAGAGCUGGAGAUCUCCCUCCGCACCAAUCAUAUUGGGUGAGUGACUGGACCAGGAUUAGCCUCUGCCGUGUCCCGAACAACCGGAUGUUCUGGUUUUCUGGGGAAAUGGAAAGAGAGCCUGUGACGCGACUUCCGCUUUUGGACGUUAACAAGGCGACUCUCCAUCUUAACUCCUCCUCCACAUUUACUGGAUUGGUUGAACAAUGCAGAAGAGAACCUCCCCCGACAGUUUAUUUUCUUCUUCUCGUCAAGACCAGUAUGUAGGGGAUCUAGUUUCAGGCGUUUCUUUUACGCCUGCUAUGUUAGGUUUGACCAGGACUGGUCCCACAGGUAUCUAAUCAGUCAGUACGACUGACUCAACUGUCCUUAAAGUAGUAUCGGGUUGUAAUUCUCUUUCUCUCUAUAUAGCUGGGCCCAGGAGUUUCUGAAUGAGGAGAACCAGGGUUUGGAUGUAUUGGUGGACUACCUGUCCUACGCCCAGUGUGACGCUUCGUGAGUAUCCCUUGCAGCCUCCCAUUCAGUCUUAACAGAAUCCCGUACUGUAUCAAUGAGACAUAGAUUAAUGCUUCAUUAUCUAUAUGUGACUAUAUGUUUGUGUAUUUGGGAAUGUAUCUAUAGGUUUGACCUGGAGGGUGCUGAGAAUGGGGGAACACUGUCAGAGAGAGGGAAGCCAGCGGAGAGGUCCAUGGAGGACCUGAAUAAGAGUGCAGGAAGCUCCCCUACACAUGGCAUGACCAGAGCAGCCCGCGCCCUAACCGUACGGUAAGAACCAUCAGCCGUUAUGAGACCAGAGUCUCACUAAGCAAGCCUUACAGACCACAGGAUAAAUCUCACCAAAAAUAUUCCACUGCAAAGUGACCACCAUCUCUUCCAUCCUCUCAAUAUCUCAUUUGCAGGAUAACCUCUCUGGCCCAGAGUAGGAGAACUCAGAAGAGCUCUCAAUUGACCAGUCAUAGGGACGACGUCCAUGUGUGCAUCAUGUGUCUGCGUGCCAUCAUGAACUACCAGGUGUGUGUGUGUUGUGCGGUGUGUGUGCAUGACCGUGAUAUGGAGUUUGAAAUAGUGAAAUUAUAGAGCUGAUUAUCACUUUUUCAGUCGGGCUUCAAUCAAGUGAUGACACACCCACGCUGUGUCAACGAGAUCACUCUCAGUCUCAACAACAGGAACCCCAGGUAUGAACACCUGUGUGUGUGUGAGCAUGCUUGUGCAUGUGUAUGAAGUGUGUGUGUUUGAUGUGGUAUUAUAUUCCUGGUCUCUACAGAACCAAAGCCCUGGUGUUGGAGCUGUUGGCUGCUGUGUGUCUUGUGAGGGGCGGUCAUGACAUCAUUCUCGCUGCCUUCGACAACUUCAAGGAGGUGACGGGAUUGACCAAACUUAGCCACACUAGAACAGACUUUACUUGACCAAUAUGUACUGUAUGUCAUCUCACCUUUGCCUACUCAUUUGUGUGUUCUCGGGGCCAAGACUUUUCUCUUCAAACUCAUCUCAUAACUGAUACAUGCCACACCCUGUCUUAGUCACACCAAGCACACUUAGAACUCUAAAACACACACUCACACAAAGACAUCAUGUUGUGAGUGCGUAACCAUUACUCACCAAACUGAAUGUAAUCUGGAAAAAUUCAACUGACAUCGAUAUAGACUUUCCAUAUCGGUGACCAUCACGACUAAUACUAGAUUUAAUGUUAGAAAUGUUUAAAGCAGAAGUGGAAGUAUUUUAUCAGCUUUCUAUGAAUGCAAACACACACUGUACAAAGUAAUAAAACAUACACCCUCUUGUGGACAUCUGUUGAAGUGCAUGACUGUGUUACUGAAACAAGGAACGUCUGUCCCAUGUCUUUUCACUCAGGUGAGCGGAGAGAAGAACCGCUUUGAGAAACUGAUGGAGUACUUUAGCAACGAUGACAGCAACAUUGACUUCAUGGUACGUGGACACAAAACGGCUUUAAAUCUACUGGCUGAUGUGUUGACAUUGCUCACAAUGUAGUUCUGAAAGGUUAAAGAUCAAAUAUGAUGAUCCUUCUCUUCAGGUGGCCUGUAUGCAGUUCAUUAACAUUGUGGUGCAUUCGGUGGAGAAUAUGAACUUCCGUGUUCACCUGCAAUAUGAGUUCACUCACCAUGGACUGGACCAGUACUUAGAGGUAAGCUCUCAUCUCAUUGUGGAAAAUCGAACGGUCACAACCACAAAACCAACUCCUUAAAACUGAAAUGAAAUCGCCAUGAUAACGAUGAUAAUGUGUGUGUGUGUGUGUCAGACUCUGAAGCUGACAGAGAGUGAGAAGCUGCAGGUUCAGAUUCAGGCCUACUUGGACAACGUGUUUGAUGUGGGGGCUCUGCUGGAGGAUGCAGAGAACAGGGGUGGGGUGCUGGAGCAUGUGGACGAACUGCAGGAGCAUAACACACAGGUCAGUCAUACAUACUGUACACACACAGUCUGAUUCAUUCAAAUCUAAACAAUGCCAGCAAUUAUUCUAUGACUCUGUCUGUGACCUCCAAAUUAUGUGUUGUGUCAUGUUGUGUUGUGUUCUGUCAUGUUGUGUUGUGUUUUGUCAUGUGUUGUGUCGUGUUGUCAUGUGUUGUGUCGUGUUGUGUUGUGUCGUGUUGUGUUGUGUUGUGUCGUGUUGUGUUGUGUCAUGUGUUAUGUUGUGUUGUGUUUUGUCAUGUGUUGUGUUGUGUCAUGUUGUGCUGUGUCGUGUUGUGUCAUGUGUUGUGUCGUGUUGUGCUGUGUCGUGUUGUGUUGUGUCAUGUGUUGUGCUGUGUCAUGUGUUGGGUCAUGUGCUGUGCUGUGUCGUGUCAUGUGUUGUGUCAUGUGUUGUGUUGUGUUGUGUUGUGCUGUGUCGUGUUGUGUUGUGUCAUGUGUUGUGUUGUGUCAUGUGUUGUGUCGUGUUGUGUCAUGUGUUGUGUCGUGUUGUGUUGUGUCAUGUGUUGUGCUGUGUCAUGUGUUGUGUUGUGCUGUGUCGUGUCAUGUGUCGUGUUGUAUCGUGUUGUGUUGUGUCAUGUUGUGUCAUGUGUUGUGCUGUGUCAUGUUGUGUCGUGUUAUGUCAUGUGUUGUGUUCUGUCAUGUUGUGUUUUUGUAGCUGAGUGCCAGGCUAGAGGAGAUUGAGAGCCAGUCUGCAGAGAGGAUGGCUGAACUAGAGAAACAGCUCCUCCAAGCCACCAAGGAGACAGAGCUGCUCAAGGUCUGCACUGUACAGUUAACUGAGGACUGUUUACAAUAUAGUGUAUCAGACAGAAAGGUAUGUGUGUGAUUGUGUGAUGAUAACUUUUCCUUGCCUUUGUGUGUGCGACUGACAGGGGAACCUGCGGGACUCCUGUUCCCAGGUCAGUUCUCUGCAACAGAGAGAGAGGGAGAGGGAGAUAAGCCAGGAGAGGGAGCGGGACAGAGAGCGUCUAAGCCAACCCUCCUCUGAGCUGGAACUCAAGGUGCAGGAGCUGCAGGACCGAGGGCUGAUCCGCCUGGGACGCACCCCCUCUGGGGCCCUAGACCUCCAGGUGGUGCCUGUCACCAUCAUUGAGUACGUCCCCGCCCCAGCCUCUGAGCCCCUGCUCAGCUCCACUGGACCCACUGCCCCUGGCCCAGACGUCCCCGAUGCCACUCCCUCCUCAGCCAUCUCUGCUGUCCUCCCUCCUCCUCCUCCCCCACCCCCUCCUCCUCCUGGGCCUGGUGGACCUACUCCCCCACCCCCUCCACCUCCACCUCCUCCCCCGCCUGGCUCCGGUGGCCCACUUCCCCCUCCUCCGCCCCCUCCCACCGCGGGAGGUCCGCCCCCACCUCCUCCUCCACCCGGCGCUGGACCCCCGCCCCCACCCGGAGGCCCACCUUCUGGAGACAGCCAAGCCGGUAAGGUGACUCUUAUCUGCUUUCAUUAGAGAUAUACAGAUACAGUGGCUUGCGAAAGUAUUCACCCCCUUGGCAUUUUUCCUAUUUUGUUGCCUUACAACCUGGAAUUAACCUGGGUUUGUAUCAUUUGAUUUACACAACAUGCCUACCACUUUGAAGAUGCAAAAUAUUUUUUGUGAAACAAACAAGAAAUAAGAUUAAAAAACUGAAAACUUGAGCGUGCAUAACUAUUUACCCCCCCCCCCAAAGUCAAUACUUUGUAGAGCCAACUUUUGCAGCAAUUACAGCUUCAAGUCUCUUGGGGUAUGUCUCUAUAAGCUUGGCACAUCUAGCCACUGGGAUCUUUGCCCAUUCUUCAAGGCAAAACUGCUCCUGGGAUUUUUGCCCAUUCUUCAAGGCAAAACUGCUCCAGCUCCUUCAAGUUGGAUGGAUUCCGCUGGUGUACAGCAAUCUUUAAGUCAUACCACAGAUUCUCAAUUGGAUUGAGGUUUGGGCUUUGACUAGGCCAUUCCAAGACAUUUAAAUGUUUCCCCUUAAACCACUUGAGUGUUGCUUUAGCAGUAUGCUUAGGGUCAUUGUCCUGCUGGAAGGUGAACUUCCGUCCCAGUCUCAAAUCUCUGGAAGACUGAAACAGGUUUCCCUGUAUUUAGCGCCAUCCAUCAUUCCUUAAAUUCUGACCAAUUUCCCAGUCCCUCGGGGUGAUGAGAGGUGUUGGGUUUGCGCCAGACAUAGCAUUUUCCUUGAUGGCCAAAAAGGGGUGAAUACAUAUGCACGCACCACUUUUCCAUUAUUUAUUUCUUAGAAUGUUUUGAAACAAGUUGUGUUUUUCAUUUCACUUCACCAAUUUGGACUAUUUUGUCUGUCCAUUACAUGAAAUCCAAAUAAAAAUCCAUUUAAAUUACAGGUUGUAAUGCAACAAAAUAGGAAAAACGCCAAGGGGGAUGAAUACUUUUGCAAGGCACUGUAACUGCCAAAAUAAAGGAAACACCAACAUAAAGUGUCUUAAUAGGGCAGUGGGCCACCACGAGCCAGAACCGCUUCAAUGCACUUUGACAUAAAUUCUAGAAGUGUCUAGAACUCCAUUGGAGGGAUGUGAAACCAUUCUUCCAUGAGAAAUGCCAUCAUUUUGUGUUUUGUUGAUGGUGGUGGUGGUGGAAAACGCUGUUUUAGGAGCCACUCCAGAAUCUCCCAUAAGUGUUCAAUUGGUUUGAGAUCUGGUUAACUGAGAAGUCAUGGCAUAUGAUUUACAUUGUUGUCAUGCUCAUCAAACCAUUCAGUGACCAUGCGUGCCCUGUGGAUAGGUUUAUUGUCAUCCUAUGGGGGCAUAGCCAUGGUAGCCAACAUAAUGGCCUGCCCAGCAUUUUUAUAGGAAGUUAAUUUACUCAGGAACCACACCUGUGUGGAAGCACCUGCUUUCAAUAUACUUUGUAUCCCUCAUUUACUUAAGUGUUUCCAUAAUUCUGGCAGUUACAUGUGUACAGGAUAUCAGUGGAGGCUGCUGAGGGGUGGACGGCUCAUAAUAGCUGGAACAGAGCGAAUGGAAUGGCAUCAAACACAUGGAAACCAUGUGUUUCAUGUAUUUGAUACCAUUCCACCUAUUUCUCUCCAGCCAAUACCAAGAGCCCGUCCUCCCCAAUUAAGGUGCCACCAACCUCCGGUGGUAUAUAUAUUUCUUCCGCAGCUGUAUAUAUAUAUAUAUACAUACAGUGGGGAGAACAAGUAGUUGAUACACUGCCAAUUUUGCAGGUUUUCCUACUUACAAAGCAUGUAGAGGUCUGCAAUUGUUAUCAUAGGUACACUUCAACUGUGAGAGACGGAAUCUAAAACAAAAAUCCAGAAAAUCACAUUGUAUGAUUUUUAAGUAAUUCAUUUGCAUUUUAUUGCAUGACAUAAGUAUUUGAUCACCUACCAACCAGUAAGAAUUCCGGCUCUCACAGACCUGUUAGUUUUUCUUUAAGAAGCCCUCCUGUUCUCCACUCAUUACCUGUAUUAACUGCACCUGUUUGAACCCGUUACCUGUAUAAAAUACACCUGUCCACACACUCAAUCAAACAGACUCCAACCUCUCCACAAUGGCCAAGACCAGAGAGCUGUGUAAGGACAUCAGGGAUAAAAUUGUAGACCUGCACAAGGCUGGGAUGGGCUACAGGACAAUAGGCAAACAGCUUGGUGAGAAGGCAACAACUGUUGGCACAAUUAUUAGAAAAUGGAAGAAGUUCAAGAUGACGGUCAAUCAUCCUCGGUCUGGGGCUCCAUGCAAGAUCUCACCUCGUGGGGCAUCAAUGAUCAUGAGGAAGGUGAGGGAUCAGCCCAGAACUACACGGCAGGACCUGGUCAAUGACCUGAAGAGAGCUGGGACCACAGUCUCAAAGAAAACCAUUAGUAACACACUACGCCGUCAUGGAUUAAAAUCCUGCAGCGCACGCAAGGUCCCACUGCUCAAGCCAGCGCAUGUCCAGGCCCGUUUGAAGUUUGCCAAUGACCAUCUGGAUGAUCCAGAGCAGGAAUGGGAGAAGGUCAUGUUGUCUGAUGAGACAAAAAUAGAGCUUUUUGGUCUAAACUCCACUCGCCGUGUUUGGAGGAAGAGGAAGGAUGAGUACAACCCUAAGAACACCAUCCCAACCGUGAAGCAUAGAGGUGGAAACAUCAUUCUUUGGGGAUGCUUUUCUGCAAAGGGGACAGGACGACUGCACCGUAUUGAGGGGAGGAUGGAUGGGGCCAUGUAUCACGAGAUCUUGGCCAACAACCUCCUUCUCUCAGUAAGAGCAUUGAAGAUGGGUCGUGGCUGGGUCUUGCAGCAUGACAACGACCCGAAACACACAGCCAGGGCAACUAAGGAGUGGCUCCCUAAGAAGCAUCUCAAGGUCCUGGAUUGGCCUAGCCAGUCUCCAGACCUGAACCCAAUAGAAAAUCUUUGGAGGGAGCUGAAAGUCCGUAUUGCCCAGCGACAGCCCCGAAACCUGAAGGAUCUGGAGAAGGUCUGUAUGGAGGAGUGGGCCAAAAUCCCUGCUGCAGUGUGUGCAAACCUACAGGAAACGUAUGAUCUUUGUAAUUGCAAACAAAGGUUUCUGUACCAAAUAUUAAGUUCUGCUUUUCUGAUGUAUCAAAUACUUAUGUCAUGCAAUAAAAUGCAAAUUAAUUACUUAAAAAUCAUACAAUGUGAUUUUCUGGAUUUUUGUUUUAGAUUCCGUCUCUCACAGUUUAAGUGUACCUAUGAUAAACAAUUACAGACCUCUACAUGCUUUGUAAGUAGGAAAACCUGCAAAAUCGGCAGUGUAUCAAAUACUUGUUCUCCCCACUGUAUUUAUAUAUAUAUAUAUAUAUAUAUAUAUAUAUAUAUAUAUAUAUAUACAGCUGUGGAAAAAAAUAAUAGACCACUGCACAUUUUUCUUAAAUCAGCAUCUCUACAUGUAUGAUAGCCAUUCCAUUCCAGUGUCUGUUGAAUUCCAACACAGGCACACCUCAUUCUACUGAAUUAGGUACCGAUUAGGUGAUCACAUGAACCAAAUCUUAUUUAACGAGGAAAAGUAUAAAAACCACUGCUGUGGUCAUCACUAUCCUCUUGCAAUAGGACCAGCUGGAUGGCAAAAACAAUGCUAAUAGUACCUCAAAAGUAAUAUUAUUUAAAAAAUAACUAUUGACCAUGCCAAAAGAGUUGAAAAGGAACGUUUUGAGUGAGGAAAAGAAGGGUUCAAUUCUGGCUUUACUGGCAGAGGGAUACAGUGAGCAUCAGGUUGCUUCCAUCCUUAAAAUUUAAAAGACGGCGGUUCAUAAGAACAAGGUCAAGCAGCAGACAUUGUGGAAAACAAAGCUACAGACCGGCAGAGGGCGAAAACGACUCUCUACUGACUGGGAUGACCGCCAACUCAUUCGAAUGUCACUCAACAAUCGUAGGAUGACAUCAAGUGACCUACAAAAAUAAUGACAAACGGCAGCUGGGGUGAAGUGCACGGCGAGGACGGUUCGAAACAGGCUCCUAGGGGCAGGGCUGAAGUCGUGCAAAGCUAGAAAAAAGCCUUUCAUCAAUGAGAAGCAAAGAAGAGCCAGGCUGAGGUUUGCAAAAGACCAUAAGGAUUGGACCGUAGAGGACUAGAGUAAGGUCAUCUUCUCCGAUGAGUCCAAUUUUCAGGGUGUGAGGCCAUGUAUCGCAAGAUCUUGGCCAACAACCUCCUUCCCUCAGUAAGAGCAUUGAAGAUGGGUCGUGGCUGGGUCUUGCAGCAUGACAAUGACCCGAAACACACAGCCAGGGCAACUAAGGAGUGGCUCCCUAAGAAGCAUCUCAAGGUCCUGGAUUGGCCUAGCCAGUCUCCAGACCUGAACCCAAUAGAAAAUCUUUGGAGGGAGCUGAAAGUCCGUAUUGCCCAGCGACAGCCCCGAAACCUGAAGGAUCUGGAGAAGGUCUGUAUGGAGGAGUGGGCCAAAAUCCCUGCUGCAGUGUGUGCAAACCUACAGGAAACGUAUGAUCUUUGUAAUUGCAAACAAAGGUUUCUGUACCAAAUAUUAAGUUCUGCUUUUCUGAUGUAUCAAAUACUUAUGUCAUGCAAUAAAAUGCAAAUUAAUUACUUAAAAAUCAUACAAUGUGAUUUUCUGGAUUUUUGUUUUAGAUUCCGUCUCUCACAGUUUAAGUGUACCUAUGAUAAAAAUUACAGACCUCUACAUGCUUUGUAAGUAGGAAAACCUGCAAAAUCGGCAGUGUAUCAAAUACUUGUUCUCCUCACUGUGUAUAUAUAUAUAUAUACAGCUGCGGAAGAAAUUAAGAGACCACUGCAAAACGACCAGUUUCUCUGGUUUUACUAUUUAUAGGUAUGUGUUUGGGUAAAAAUAACAUUUUUGUUUUAUUCUAUAAACUACUGACCACAUUUCUCCCAAAUUCCAAAUUAAAAUAUUGUCAUUUAGAGCAUUUAUUUGCAGAAAAUGACAACUGGUCAAAAUAACAAAAAAGAUGCAGUGUUGUCAGACCUCGAAUAAUGCAAAGAAAAUAAGUUCAUGUUCAUUUUUAAACAACACAAUACUAAUGUUUUAACUUAGGAAGAGUUCAGAAAUCACUCCUGGCGCAAAAAUUCAAGCAGCUCGGCUUUGUUUGAUGGCUUGUGACCAUCCAUCUUGCUCUUGAUCACAUUCCAGAAGUUUUCAAUGGGGUUUAGGUCUGGAGAUUAGGCUGGCCAUGACAGGGUCUUGAUCUGGUGGUCCUCCAUCCACACCUUGAUUGACCUGGCUGUGUGGCAUGGCGCAUUGUCCUGCUGGAAAAACCAAUCCUCAGAGUUGGGGAACAAUGUCAGAGCAAAAGGAAGCAAGUUUUCUUCCAGGACAACCUUGUACGUGGCUUGAUUCAUGCGUCCUUCACAAAGACAAAUCUGCCCGAUUCCAGCCUUGCUGAAGCACCCCCAGAUCAUCACCGAUCCUCCACCAAAUCUCACAGUGGGUGCGAGACACUGUGGCUUGUAGGCCUCUCCAGGUCUCCGUCUAACCAUUAGACGACCAGGUGUUGGGCAAAGCUGAAAAUUGGACUCAUCAGAGAAGAUGACCUUACUCUAGUCCUCUACGGUCCAAUCCUUAUGGUCUUUUGCAAACCUCAGCCUGGCUCUUCUUUGCUUCUCAUUGAUGAAAGGCUUUUUUCUAUCUUUGCACGACUUCAGCCCUGCCCCUAGGAGCCUGUUUCGAACCGUCCUCGCCGUGCACUUCACCCCAGCUGCCGUUUGUCAUUAUUUUUGUAGGUCACUUGAUGUCAUCCUACGAUUGUUGAGUGACAUUCGAAUAAGUUGGCGGUCAUCCCAGUCAGUAGAGAGUCGUUUUCGCCCUCUGCCGGUCUGUAGCUUUGUUUUCCCCAAUGUCUGCUGCUUGACCUUGUUCUUAUGAACCGCCGUCUUUUAAAUUUUAAGGAUGGAAGCAACCUGAUGCUCACUGUAUCCCUCUGCCAGUAAAGCCAGAAUUUAACCCUUCUUUUCCUCACUCAAAACGUUCCUUUUCAACUCUUUUGGCAUGGUCAAUAGUUAUUUUUUAAAUAAUAUUACUUUUGAGGUACUAUUAGCAUUGUUUUUGCCAUCCAGCUGGUCCUAUUGCAAGAGGAUAGUGAUGACCACAGCAGUGGUUUUUAUACUUUUCCUCGUUAAAUAAGAUUUGGUUCAUGUGAUCACCUAAUCGGUACCUAAUUCAGUAGAAUGAGGUGUGCCUGUGUUGGAAUUCAACAGACACUGGAAUGGAAUGGCUAUCAUACAUGUAGAGAUGCUGAUUUAAGAAAAAUGUGCAGUGGUCUAUUAAUUUUUUCCACAGCUGUAUAUAUAUAUAUAUAUAUAUAUAUAUAUAUAUAUAUAUAUAUAUAUAUAUAUAUAUAAAUACAGUGGGGAGAACAAGUAUUUGAUACACUGCCGAUUUUGCAGGUUUUCCUACUUACAAAGCAUGUAGAGGUCUGUAAUUGUUUAUCAUAGGUACACUUCAACUGUGAGAGACGGAAUCUAAAACAAAAAUCCAGAUAAUCACAUUGUAUGAUUUUUAAGUAAUUCAUUUGCAUUUUAUUGCAUGACAUAAGUAUUUGAUCACCUACCAACCAGUAAGAAUUCCGGCUCUCACAGACCUGUUAGUUUUUCUUUAAGAAGCCCUCCUGUUCUCCACUCAUUACCUGUAUUAACUACACCUGUUUGAACUCGUUACCUGUAUAAAAGACACCUGUCCACACACUCAAUCAAACAGACUCCAACCUCUCCACAAUGGCCAAGACCAGAGAGCUGUGUAAGGACAUCAGGGAUAAAAUUGUAGACUUGCACAAGGCUGGGAUGGGCUACAGGACAAUAGGCAAGCAGCUUGGUGAGAAGGCAACAACCGUUGGCGCAAUUAUUAGAAAAUGGAAUAAGUUCAAGAUGACGGUCAAUCACCCUCGGUCUGGGGCUCCAAGCAAGAUCACACCUCGUGGGGCAUCAAUGAUCAUGAGGAAGGUGAGGGAUCAGCCCAGAACUACACGGCAGGACCUGGUCAAUGACCUGAAGAGAGCUGGGACCACAGUCUCAAAGAAAACCAUUAGUAACACACUACGCCGUCAUGGAUUAAAAUCCUGCAGCGCACGCAAGGUCCCACUGCUCAAGCCAGCGCAUGUCCAGGCCCGUUUGAAGUUUGCCAAUGACCAUCUGGAUGAUCCAGAGCAGGAAUGGGAGAAGGUCAUGUUGUCUGAUGAGACAAAAAUAGAGCUUUUUGGUCUAAACUCCACUCGCCGUGUUUGGAGGAAGAAGAAGGAUGAGUACAACCCCAAGAACACCAUCCCAACCGUGAAGCAUGGAGGUGGAAACAUCAUUCUUUGGGGAUGCUUUUCUGCAAAGGGGACAGGACAACUGCACUGUAUUGAGAAGAGGAUGGAUGGGGUCAUGUAUCACGAGAUCUUGGCCAACAACCUCCUUCCCUCAGUAAGAGCAUUGAAGAUGGGUCGUGGCUGGGUCUUACAGCAUGACUACGACCCGAAACACACAGCCAGGGCAACUAAGGUGUGUCUCCGUAAGAAGCAUCUCAAGGUCCUGGAGUGGCCUAGCCAGUCUCCAGACCUGAACCCAAUAGAACAUCUUUGGAGGGAGCUGAAAGUCCAUAUUGCCCAGCGACAGCCCCGAAACCUGAAGGAUCUGGAGAAGGUCUGUAUGGAGGAGUGGGGCAAAAUCCCUGCUGCAGUGUGUGCAAACCUGGUCAAGACCUACAGGAAACGUAUGAUCUCUGUAAUUGCAAACAAAGGUUUCUGUACCAAAUAUGAAGUUCUGCUUUUCUGAUGUAUCAAAUACUUAUGUCAUGCAAUAAAAUGCAAAUUAAUUACUUAAAAAUCAUACAAUGUGAUUUUCUGGAUUUUUGUUUUAGAUUCCGUUUCUCACAGUUGAAGUGUACCUAUGAUAAAAAUGACAGACCUCUACAUGCUUUGUAAGUAGGAAAACCUGCAAAAUCGGCAGUGUAUCAAAUACUUGUUCUCCCCACUGUAUAUAUAAAUAUGAAUGGUAAGUAGCGGUCUACGGCAGAGAUUAGAAGAUGAGAGGGGAGACCAUUCAUCUAGAGGAGAGAUAAAGAGAUUAGGGUGUGAGAAGUCAAAUAGGAGAGAGCUCCAUGCUAAUCAGAUUGUCAAUCAAUCUCAUGAAUUUGUAUGCGUCCAAUUUGCUGAAGGGUGAAAUGAAUGCAUUGGCGAUUGACAACUGUGAUUGAUUCUCUCUCCUACUCUCUCUUUCUCUCUCUCUUUCUCUUAGGAGGUAAAAGCAGGAAGCCCAUCCAGACUAAGUUCCGGAUGCCUUUGCUCAACUGGCAGGCACUGAAGCCCAACCAAGUGACUGGCACGGUCUUCAACGAGCUGGACGAUGAGCAGGUCUUAGGGGUAAGACCAAACCUCCACACUGAUACUGGUGCUCCCUUCUCUCACCUUCCCUCUGACCCACUUUUUCCACUCUUUCCUCUCCUCCUCUCAUCCUCUGACCCUCUUUUUACUCCUCUCUCUCCCCUUGUCUCUCUCUCCCCUCCUUACCCUCCCUCUUCCUCCCUGUCUAACCAUGUCUAUGUGUGUUGUGUCAGGAGCUGAACAUGGAGGCGUUUGAGGAGCAGUUUAAGACCAAGGCCCAGGGUCCUCCAGCAGCUCUGUCCACUCUGAAAGUCAAGGUGGCCCAGAAGGCCCCCAGCAAGGUCAACCUGAUCGAGGGCAACAAGGCCAAGAACCUGGCCAUCACGCUACGCAAGGGAGGCAGGAGCCCCGCAGACAUCUGCACAGCUAUUGAGACGUAUGGAACUCUAUCUUCUACUAUUCUGUUCCUUUCCUUAGUAAACAUCUUUCUCACACAUUUCAUUUAUGUUUUGUUUUCUUUAAUCCCUUAAUUCUCUUUCUCCUCAUCCCACCUUCCCCUAACACUCUUCUUUUGUCCCUUCCUUAUUGUCUUUCUUCUCUCUCUCCCUCCCUCCUUCUCUCCCUCCUCUCCAGGUAUGACCAGCAGUCGUUAGGGCUUGACUUCCUGGAGCUGCUGGAGAGGUUUGUCCCGUCAGACUACGAGCUGAAGCUCCUCCAGAACUAUGAGAAGGAGGGCCGUCCGCUGGAUGAACUGUCAGAGGAGGACCGCUUCAUGAUGCGCUUUGGGAAGAUCCCUCGUCUUGCCCAGCGAAUCAGCACCCUCACCUUCAUGGGCAACUUCCCAGAGAGCGUCAAACGUCUGCAGCCGGUAAGUCAGUUGCUCAGGCCAUACAAUGAAAUUGUAUCUGUACAACAAUGACUUUCUUCUGAAUCUGAUACUAUAGUCAUUCAUAAUCUCACCUACAGCAACUGAACUCUAUAAUCGCAGCAUCCAUGUCCAUUAAGUCCUCGGCCAAGCUGAAGAAGAUGUUAGAGGUGAGUGGAGGGCUUCCCUGUCCAUCACUGCUAACCUCCAAUCAGAGAACCUCUUUAAACAGGCCUGCACUGUCUAUGUAACACAUUCUGUAUCUGGCUCCUCCCCUCCAGAUCAUCCUAGCCUUUGGGAACUACAUGAACAGCAGUAAGAGGGGUGCAGCCUAUGGGUUCCGCCUGCAGAGUCUGGACCUGGUGAGUACCCCUCUGCUCUUGAGGCAAAAUUGUUUCCCUUAUUUAACAUGAAUAGAACCAUAACUAAGAUGGAGAUUAACUGGCUUAAUCUCUGUAACGAUGAAUAAGUCACUAUUAGCUAAAGCCAGGUUUUGGACUGUUGAGGGCGCUAUGGUAUGUUGAUAGGCAGGCCAGUCCGUCUUUGAGAGAUGACUCCAUCUGUCCCUCUCUUUUUCUCUGUCCUCUCAGCUGCUGGACACAAAGUCUACAGACCGCUCCCAGACACUACUACACUUCAUCUCCAGCAUCGUCCAGGAGAAAUACCCUGAACUCAACAACUUCCACACUGAGCUGCACUUUGUGGACAAGGCUGGCCUAGGUGUGUGAAUGCAAUCAACGCUUGCACGCAUGCACACACAUGCAUGCGCAAACACAUUUACACACAGCUUUAAAAAAUGCAGCCCUUCAUAGUGCGAAUAACUGACGCCCUGUUUCUCUCCUGUGUUUGUGUGUUUCAGUGUCUCUGGACAGUAUUCUUCAGGAUAUCCGCUCUCUGGAGAGGGGAAUGGAAGUGACGAAGAAGGAGUUCCUGGUGCAGGAAGACAACACAGUGCUGAAGGAUUUUGUCAAGACAAACAGUGAAUUACUGGACUCUUUACUCAAAGACAGCAAGACCGCUCAGGUUGGAAUUCCAUAACAUUUGAACUUCAUAGACACAUCCAACACACAUAAUUCCACAGAAGAUGUUCAAUACCUAUUUUAUGAUGUGUGAUCUUCAUCUCUCCUCCUCUUCCUCUCUCACGUCCACCACUAGGAGGCGUUUGGCUCGGCAGUGGAGUAUUUUGGAGAGAACCCCAAGACCACGCAACCCUCCAUGUUUUUCCCUCUGUUUGUCCGCUUCAUGAAGGCCUAUAAGGUGAGGUGGUGCCCCCAUAAUGAGGCUGCACAGAGGGAAAGGAUAAUGAAAUAGCUCAUUAUAUUUCACUUGUGUCUAUCGUGGGUGCAUUUUGUAUUUAUAUGAUGUUUGUUAAAGAGGCAGUGCAGUCAAAAACGUGAUUUUCUUGUGCUUUAUAUAUAUUUUCCACACUAUGAGGUUGGAAUAAUACUGUGAAAUUGUGAAAAUUAUGAUAAUGAACUUUUAGUGUAAGAGCUGUUUGAAAAGACUGGCUGAAAUUUCAGCUUGUUUGGCUGGGUGGGAUUUUUGCACCACCUGGUAAGUUAACAGACCAAUAACAAAGAAAGUUUGCCCUCCUCUCUGCCAAUAGCAGCUGGUUUUCAGGUUACACAUCCCUCCUAUUAGGCUCCUUCAAUUAAACACCUUACUCAGACCACUUCCAGACAGUCCUAGCAAAAUUCUUGCUCGAGAAAUAGCAUUUUGCUAAGAAGUUAUUUUUGUUUAUUUUUACCUUUUUAAUUGAAAACAAUCACAGUAAGGUACUUAAUUGUUGCCCAGAAAUUAUUUGCUAUUGAGAUAAAACGGCUGCAUUGGACCUUUAAUGACCUGUUUUUGUGUCUGUGUCCCACACAGCAAGCAGAGCAGGAUAAUGAACAGAGGAAGAGACUGGAGGCCCAGAGCAGUGAGAAUCAAGCAGAGUCUCCCUCCCCUAGAAAGAAAGAGGCUGCAGGACACAAGGUAUGACAAUAGACUAUAGACCGAUGCCCCAUACCAACUGAAUCCACCACAAUCUCUACAUUCAAUACAGUCAGUUAAAAAACUUCCCCUAUGACUGCUCGACCAGUGACUGGUCAUUCUAAUGUGGUCCAUACUAUAUAUGCCAAUGUGUCAGCUUUACCCUUUGACCCCUGCCAGUCUCCCAUGAUGCCCAAGAUGGACCUGAUAGCGGAGCUGAAGAAGAGGCAGGUGAAGCCCCAGGUGAAGGAUGGGGCCCUGGAGGACAUCAUCACAGGUAUGACAAACCACUAUGGCUAGAAUACAUUAUGCACUAUAGUCUUAUAAGUCAUUAUAGUUUAUGAUCUAUAAAACAUCAGAGUUAAGGACGCUUAUAGUCAAUGUCAUAACACAUUAUAAGUGGGCUAUAAGGCACUAUAAAUUACAUGAAUGAUUAAUAUGUAUGUAAAUCAUAAAGUGUUACCACACUUUUCACCAGUACAUUCUGAGAUAGAUAUCCCUUGCUAAGUUUCAGUGGUUGUGUCUAUGUGCUUUGUCCCAGACCUGAGGAACUCACCGUUCAGAGCAACAGAUGGACGGAGACCAGCACAGCGUCAAGACACCUGAACAACUCUAGCUCCAAGACCCACAAUUCCACUGAGAUGACUGUACACACGCAAUAUCAAAGUGUAUGCAUACACAGAACACAAAUACAUACUUGUACUGUACAUACACAAUACACAUACAUUAGUACUGGAGAUGAUGUUGCCUUUUACUUAUCAAUAUACAUUUAAACAACCAUAUGAAUUUACUCUGUAAAUAGAACACAGAGUUUAAGCUAUACGUCAUGAGCAAAUGUGUAACAUAGAAAUACAUCUAUGCAUUUUUAACCAUUAUCCAAUUAGCU